GUGAAGCAGGACGAGAUGAAGUUGGAUCAGAUUGUUUUGGACUGAGGUUCUGCUCAUUGUACCUGGUUGUACUGGUUCUGUACUGGGGUUGACGGUCAGAUCUCAGGAUGUAUAUCGUGCUUGAGCUGGUGCUGGUGUGUUAUAAGGUGCUGUACUCGGUGCUGCUGGCCGCGGGGAGGUGGUUGGUGAAAGCCCGGGAGAAGAGCGUUCAUGGCCGGUUGUGUGUGAUCACCGGGGCGGGGAGCGGGCUGGGCCGCCUGUUUGCCCUGCAGUUCGCCCACAGAGGUGCCAGCCUGGUACUGUGGGACAUCAACCGAUCUGCCAACGAGGAGACCGCCGACAUGGUGCGGGAGAUUUACCGCAAAAUGUCACCGUGCACAGGUUCAGGUGACAGCAUUCAGGAGGUCCCUGUGUUCCAGCCCAAGGUUUACACCUACGUGUGUGACGUGAGCAACCGUGAGAGCGUUUACGCCACAGCCGAGCUGGUGAGACGAGACGUGGGUGACGUUACGUUCCUCGUUAACAACGCGGGCGUGGUUUCAGGACGCCACCUCCUCGAAUGUCCUGAUGAACUGAUCGAGAGGACCAUGAUGGUCAACUGCCACGCCCACUUCUGGACCACCAAGGCAUUCUUACCGCGGAUGUUGGAGUUAAAUCACGGGCACAUUGUGACCGUCGCCAGCUCACUGGGUCUGUUCAGUACCGCCGGGGUGGAGGAUUACUGCGCGAGUAAAUUUGGCGCUAUAGGAUUUCACGAGUCUCUGAGUCACGAGUUGAAGGCGGCCGAGAAGGACGGGAUAAAGAUGACCCUGGUCUGCCCCUUCCUGGUGGAUACGGGGAUGUUUGAAGGCUGUCAGAUCAGGAAGGAGAUAGCGCCUCUCUUUCCCCCGCUGAAGGCCGAGUACUGCGUGGAAAGAGCCAUGAGGGCGAUCCUGACCGACCAGCCGAUGGUCUGCAUGCCGCGAGCCAUGUACGUCGUCACCUUCAUGAAAACGAUUUUGCCGUUCGAAGCCGUCGUGUGCAUGUACCGCUUCCUUGGUGCUGAUAAGUGCAUGUACCCGUUCCUCGCCCAUCGGAAAGAGUCCACCAACAACAACGAGGCCAAAAGUCACAUGUAGUCCCCCGGUGUUCUGAUGUACAGGACCGCGGUGGCGUCUCUCUGGACUAAACUGUGAUAUCAGUGUGUACAGAACUACAGAACGUAUUGAUGAGAUUAUGUGCUGUUAUUAUGUUUUAUUAUGUAUUUUUAUUCAAUAUUUUCAUAAUGUUAUAUUAUAAACACCCCAUCACUGAUUACUGGCACGUGUCUGGGUGAAAUUCAUCGAUCAGUUUGAUUAUAAUAUGAUGAUGCAGUAUGUUACUGUAAGAAUGUACAGUGUCUUAUUUAUUAUUAAUAAUCAUUUGUAUUAUUUGUAUUCCUCUUCUGUUUUACAUUGUGACCAAAAGUUUGAAGCUUCGUCACAUCAGAGCUUCCAGACGAUCCUAAAGUGUGUUUAUGUCUGUGUGCAGUAAACGACUGUAAUAAUAAAAUAUGUAUACAGGAAUGUCA